AUGACGGCUAUGUUUUCCACUUCCCGUUCCUCUCAAGGAGGUUCCUCAUCAGGGAAUCUUGUCGAGUUCAAGGCUGGACGUUCGUUUCUACAGGCAGCAAGUGCAGCAAAUAAGAAGAAGGUUGUCGCCGACAAAACUAAGGGUCUCGUAUUCAUCAAGCAGUCAAAUGACCAACUAAUGCACUUUUGUUGGAAAAACAGAGAAACUGGAGCGAUCGUCGAUGACCUCAUAAUAUUCCCUGGUGACACUGAGUUCAAGGAAGUUAAGGGAUGCCCCGAUGGAAAGGUCUAUAUGCUGAAGUUCAAAACAUCCGAUGAACGUCGUCUAUUUUGGAUACAAGAUGGAAAUGCGGAUGCAGAUAGAGAUCUUUGCAAAAAGGUGAACGACACUCUUAAUAAGCCACCGACCACUCGUGCUUCUGCAAGAGGAGGUUCUUCAGAGCGUACGACUGGAGCUUUGUCAACAGCAAACCUAGCUGGCCUAGGCGGUAAUGAGGAGUUGGGGGCUUUGGGAGGGCUGGACCAACAGCAGCUGAUGCAACUACUUCAGUUUAUGAACCAGGGAAAUUCUGAUUCUCCAACACUUGUACCACAAGUUCCAUCUGGUACUUCUUCCGAACGAGCAGUGUCAGGAAGCACCCCAAAAGUCUCUGCUUCGGAACUCACACAGCUUCAAACAUUGCUCGGAGGUCUCAGAGCACCUGGUGCAGAUUCAUCUCAAGGAAGUGCUGAUCGUCAAGUUGCUGUCGAAUUGAGUGACGUUAUUGCUGGUGGACAAGUUGUUGAGGCUGCGAUGAGCAAUGCUGAUCGCCUUCUUGAUCAUAUGCCUGUUGAAGACAAAACGUCUGCUGAUACAAAGAAAGCUUUAGAGGACACUGUUCGCUCUCCACAUUAUAGACAGGCAGCUAAUUCAUUUGGUCAUGCACUGUCCACUGGACAGAUGGCUCCGGUUCUCGAACGCUUCGGGAUUAGUGAGGGAGCUGUGCAAGCUGCUGCUACAGGAAAUUUACUAGAAUUUGCAAGAAAACUGACUGAAUCAGAACGUGGAUUAGAAGCCGCCCAGGCGGCGUCGGCAGCAGGUACAACUGCCAAUACUGAAACUGCUGUUGAAGUGGAAAGUGAUGAGCAAACAAAGGAGCCGGAGGCAAAGCGUGGAAAAACCGACGAGGACGAAAUGGAUUUGGACUAG